AUGUCCCGUUCCGCUGCCGACGCAACCCGCUUCACGGCCACCGGGCCCUACGCCCACUCCAAGCCCGGUUCUGCGGCCCCUUACAAGCUCCCCGACUUCAUGGCCAAGUCGGGCUCGAAAGGACAGGCCGGCCCGUCGGCCCCGACGACUCCCAAGGAGAAGGUCGAGCGGUUGCGAGCCCAGGCUCGCGCGGCCCGGAUAGCCCAGUCGACGUCGCGGGUGGAUCAAAUGGUUGAUUUCGGCCGUCGGUUUGCGAACAAGGCGCACAAGACGAUGGUUUACUCUUUGAUUGCUGCUUCGGGUGUUUGCGGUGUCCUUACGAUUUACUCCGUGUUCUCUCUCACCAUGUACAACCGCCGCCAGCGCGCUCUGUGGGUGGAGAAGGAGCUGCAGUCACUGGAGGACGCAAAGACGGCAUACGGCAGGGGCACCGCGACAACGGAGCAGCUGGAAAUGCUGAAGAACGAGAAGAUCGGCGAGAUCUUCCAGCGGAAGAAGGACGAGGAGAGGGCCCAGCGCCCGUGGAACAAGCUGAAGCGGUACAUGUUCAGUGGGAUGAAGGCGGACGAGACGCCCGAGGCGGCCCCCAACGGCAUCCCCGACAGCAUCAUUGCCGACACCAACAUCAACACCAAGCCCGGAGUCCUGGAGGCCCUGAACGCAAAGACGGCGGAGGACGCCAAGUCCGCUGCUGCCGCCCCGCAAGGACAGCUGGACGUCCUGGCUGAGAACGCCGAAACUGCCGCCAAGCAGACGACGCGAAGCUGGAAGAGCUGGCUCACCGGCCGGUGAGGAAGGAAGAGGGGACGGGUAAUCGAAGAAGGGAGGAACCCGGGAUGCUCGGAGAUGACGCGCGCCUAAUCUCAUGUUGGCAUGGCCAUCCUCGGGGCGUCCAUCCCCUUUCUGCAGUGGUUUGCAUGGCAUCGAUCGUUCUUCUUUCCGGUCUUCCGCAUCUGGGGUUGCGGCGUCUGUUGUAUUCGGGUGUCUUUUUCUGCUGUGCUCUUCUUCUUUGCGGGGACUUUCCUGGACCCUGUGUGUAUUACUGGGUUUGUGCUAUAUUGUUGUACAUAUACAUCUAUUUUCCAUCCGCUUGGUUUACAGCGUCGUCUCAGACCCCUUGUUCCACGCGCAAAAGUAAGCUCAUGCAUGGCACCCUCUCUCGGGGGUGAUGAAUUUACAGGUGCAGCCAGCCGCAGCCGCAGCCGCGAGUUACUCUUGAGAGAGAGAGAGAGAGAGAGAGAGAGAGAGAGAGAGAGAGAGGCAUGGAAACAAAUGUCCACAAUAAUGUUUC